CGUUUGCGCAUGCGCAGUCACUCCACAUGUUAUUUUGGGACUGAACGUGUGUUUAGCUAAAAAGAGUUACCUUUUUCGCGUGCGAGCAUUCGCACCACGCUUUUUACUGUCCUUGCCUUUCUCUUGUUGGUGUUCUAUUACUGUUUUAGCAGCUGUUACACAAACUGCUCGAGGAAAUCUGCUCAGAAAAUCGGCAAAUUUUAAGGAAAGCUAAUUAGCCGGCUAGCUGAGCUCACUGUAGUCCAGCAGCAUGGCAGCUGUGUUGGAGCUGGUCGCUGGCAGUUAUGAACAGAUCACCUUCGGUUAUCAAGUAAAAACUGACGAAAAGGAGUGGACAGCCAAAGCAGAAUUCACACAUCACGCUCACACAGCUUCAGUAUCCGCAGUGGCUGCCAGUGAGAGGUUUGUCGUGACGGGGAGCAAAGAUGAGACCAUCCAAGUGUACAACAUGAAGAAAAGGAUCGAGCACGGUGCUUUGCUGCAUCAUGACGGUACCAUCACUUGCCUCGAGUUUUACGGGACGUCUCACUUACUGAGUGGAGGAGAGGACGGACUCCUGUGUGUGUGGAGCACGAAGAAGUGGGAGUGUCUGAAAUCCAUCAAAGCUCACAAAGGUCAUGUGACAUCGCUGUCCAUCCAUCCGUCUGGGAAGCUUGCGCUCUCAGUUGGGACCGAUAAGACACUGAGAACCUGGAAUCUCAUUAAUGGAAGAUCAGCGUUCAUCAAAAACAUAAAACAGAAUGCACACAUUGUCAGGUGGUCACCAGACGGGGACAGAUACGUGGUCGUGAUGAACGACAAAGUGAACAUCUACGAGCUGGAGACAGCCACUGUGACGGGAACGGUCACAAACCCCAAAAGGAUCGCUUCUGUCAAUUUUUUAAACAACUCCAUCCUGGCCGUUGCAGGAGACGAUGAAACUGUGAGGUUGUGUGAUGUGGAGAAAGCAAAAUGGGUGUGUGAUUUCAAGGCUCACGAAACCAGAGUGAAGACGGUCGACAGUGUGAACGUGGAUGAUUACUCUGUGGUGGUGACUGCUUCAAAUGAUGGUUUCAUCAAAAUGUGGAAAAUUCAUCUUAAAGAGGAGCUGGAACCUCCCACACUCCUUGGGGAAGUGAACACAUCAGCCAGACUGACAUGCCUUGCUGUGAGGAGGACUUCACCGAUGCAGCAGGAGAUCACUGAGGAAGAAGCACCCCAGGCAACAACAUCUGAAGAACUACUUCCCGAACUUCUAAGGACAAAGAGAGUCCGAAUUGCCACGGAAGAAGUCGUCCUGGAAGACGAGAGCAAGCCCAAGAAGAAGAAGAAAAAGAACAGUGGAAAAUAGAAUAAAAUGUUUUAUUACCCAUACACAUGUGGAUUUUUGUUCUGACGACCUGCAGUGUUCUACAUCAAAUGUGAACUUAUCGCUGAUG